AUGGAGCUGUUUUGUGAGUCUGGGAGAUAUCCUGAGGACAGAAGACCGACCAGCUGCAAGUUUGUGGAGCUUCAUGUGCUUUAUGUGCCAGAUGACCAGUGGAAUGUAAAGCUGAAUAAAGUCCCCGCUGAAGCCAUAGAGAGCUUCAUAUCUGCUGGCUUCAUCAGGGUUCAUCCUGAUAUCACCUUGAAAACUCUGAGGAGCGAGCUGGGCGCCCUUCUUGGCGCCGAGAGGAGCAUCAACAAAUUCUCCUUCUUGAAAUGUGUGGGGCGCAAUUUGGCUCUGGUCAAAAGCAAACAGGAGAGGAAUCUGAAAGUGAAAACAUUUGCUCCACCGUAUGCCCCACAGCCAGAGCUUUACCUGCUGCCCACUGUGGAGACUGACAGCAGUGUUUAUUCUGAGUCACUCACCCCAGACACCAGCAGCAGCUCCCCAGACCACCAGACAUAUUACCCUCCCAAGACGUGCAGCCUGUCAGCAAGGACAAAGGGGCCUGUUAAAUUCCCCCAUAUCCCCCAGUGUUCCCAUCAGCCACCUCCCACCCCCAGCCUGGAAGAGGGGGAGGAGGAAGAGGAAGAAGAAACUGAUGAUGAGGAGGGAAGCUACAGCUCUUCAGAUGCACAGGGAGAAAAUGAAGAGGAGGCUCUCUCCUCUAACAAGUGGGAAGAGCAGGAGCGUUGCCCAAAAAAGUCACAGAAUCAAAGGGGAGCCUUGCCCAUUUCACAGAAUAAAGCUUUACAACUGUGUGAAGCUGAUUCAGCUCAGGUGAAGGAGCUACCAAAGGAAGAAGAAACUAGAAGAAAACCACACCACAGACCAAACAGGGCAGCCAGAGAUUCGGGAGUUGCAGAGUCCCUGGAGGACAGAGAUUCAGGCUUCUCCAUCACAGAUGGGCUCGGGAAAUCAAAAGAUGCACAUAGAGUUAAGUCUACCAGAGAACCAACGAGCAGGGGGACAGAAAGUCUGGCUGUGUUGUCUCGACCUGUUCGAUGUACUUCUCCACCUCCAGGUCUGGACCUGGCCUCAGCCGCACGUAAAUCUGGUUCCUCUCCCAUCUUUCAGACAAACAGAGAGGAACUAAUAGAAGAAAUCAAGCUGGUGAGAGAGGAGAGAAAGCAGCUGGAGUGGACGAGGCAAGAGUUGUUAAGAAAGGGGAAAGACUUGUUGGCCCAGAACAGACACCGCAGGAACCAAGCACGUGACAGUUGGAAAAAGAAAUAUUUUGACACCAAGAAAGCCACAGCACCAUUGGAGGAAAACCUGAGAAACAUACGGCAAGAACUGGAGACAUUUUACAACAAACUAUUGCACCAGCUCCACGCAAGAGACAACCGAGGCAAGCCAAGAAGGCAGGGCCGAUCUUCCAUAAAGAAUGAGCUCAUCAUUCAGAUCAUGACAGAGAGCUACCAGAUCGACGACCUGAAGAGAAAGGUGGAGGAUGCCAAGAUGAAGCUGGUGACAGGGAUCGAGCUGAGGAAACAGGCAGCCACAGAGCUGAGGGCGCUGAAGGCUGAGCUGGCCCAGAAGAAGAGCCAGUCAUCUCAUCCUGGACCUGUGGCCUCUCUGGGCUUUCGAAAUACCACACAGGACAGACCACAAGUUCAAAACAGCUCCAUCUAA